GGGGAGCAGCGCGAAGCCUGGCCACAGAAAGGAGCUGGCGGCACAACGGGGGCGGCUCUUUCCUGGGUGGGGUUUGUGAAGUCGUGGCCCGUUAACAGGAAGCCGAGCACUCGCCCGGACGCUAGAGAGGGACCCAGUCCGAACCCCUGGCCCCCCGAGUCGCAUCCGUGUGUACAGCGGUCUCAGAGCUGUCUGAGAGUUCCUAGCCAAACUUCUACAACUCCGCUGCCUUUGCCGUCAUCAUGCCCAAGACGAUCAGUGUGCGCGUGACCACCAUGGAUGCAGAGCUGGAGUUUGCCAUACAGCCCAACACCACUGGCAAACAGCUGUUUGAUCAGGUGGUGAAAACGAUUGGCCUGAGGGAAGUAUGGUUCUUUGGUCUGCAAUAUCAGGACACUAAGGGUUUCUCUACCUGGCUGAAACUCAAUAAGAAGGUGACCGCCCAAGAUGUGCGGAAAGAAAGUCCCCUGCUCUUCAAGUUCCGGGCCAAGUUCUACCCUGAGGAUGUAUCUGAGGAAUUAAUCCAGGACAUCACACAGCGCCUGUUCUUUCUUCAAGUGAAAGAAGGCAUUCUCAAUGAUGAUAUUUACUGUCCCCCUGAGACUGCUGUGCUACUGGCCUCUUAUGCUGUCCAGUCCAAGUACGGUGACUUCAAUAAGGAGGUGCACAAGUCUGGCUACCUGGCCGGAGACAAGUUGCUGCCACAGAGAGUACUGGAGCAGCACAAACUCAACAAGGACCAGUGGGAGGAACGGAUCCAGGUGUGGCAUGAGGAACACCGGGGCAUGCUCAGGGAGGAUGCUGUCCUGGAAUAUCUGAAAAUUGCCCAAGACCUAGAGAUGUAUGGUGUGAACUACUUCAGUAUCAAGAACAAGAAAGGCUCAGAACUAUGGCUGGGGGUGGAUGCUCUGGGUCUCAACAUCUAUGAGCAGAAUGACAGACUUACUCCAAAGAUAGGAUUCCCCUGGAGUGAAAUCAGGAACAUUUCUUUCAAUGAUAAGAAAUUUGUCAUCAAGCCCAUUGACAAAAAAGCUCCGGACUUCGUCUUCUAUGCUCCCCGGUUACGGAUUAACAAGCGGAUCUUGGCUCUGUGCAUGGGGAACCAUGAGCUAUAUAUGCGUCGCCGUAAGCCUGACACCAUUGAGGUACAGCAGAUGAAGGCACAGGCCCGGGAGGAGAAACACCAGAAACAGAUGGAGCGUGCACUUCUGGAAAAUGAGAAGAAGAAGCGUGAGAUGGCAGAAAAGGAGAAGGAAAAGAUUGAACGAGAAAAGGAAGAACUGAUGGAGAGACUGAAGCAGAUUGAGGAACAGACUAAGAAGGCUCAACAAGAACUGGAAGAACAGACCCGCAGGGCUCUGGAACUUGAGCAGGAACGGAAGCGUGCCCAGAGUGAGGCUGAAAAACUGGCCAAGGAGCGUCAAGAAGCUGAGGAGGCAAAGGAGGCCCUGCUGCAGGCCUCCCGAGACCAGAAGAAGACCCAGGAACAGCUGGCCUUGGAAAUGGCAGAACUGACAGCUCGGAUCUCCCAGCUGGAGAUGGCCCGACAGAAGAAGGAGAGUGAAGCUGUGGAGUGGCAGCAGAAGGCCCAAAUGGUACAAGAAGACUUGGAGAAGACUCGUGCUGAGCUGAAGACUGCCAUGAGUACACCUCACGUGGCAGAGCCUGCUGAGAAUGAUCAGGAUGAGCAGGAUGAGAAUGGGGCAGAGGCCAGUGCUGAUCUGAGGGCUGAUGCUAUGGCCAAGGACCGCAGUGAGGAGGAACGGACCACUGAGGCAGAGAAGAAUGAGCGUGUGCAGAAGCACCUGAAGGCCCUCACUUCAGAGCUGGCCAAUGCUCGAGAUGAGUCCAAGAAGACCACCAAUGACAUGAUCCAUGCUGAGAAUGUGCGACUGGGCCGAGAUAAAUACAAGACCCUGCGCCAGAUUCGGCAGGGUAACACCAAGCAGCGCAUUGAUGAGUUUGAGUCCAUGUAAUGGGCACUCAGCCUCUAGGGACCCUUCUUUCCUUCUCCCUUGCCCCCACACUCCUAUACCCUCACCUGACUCACACUGUGCUGGAGCCACUAACUAGAGCAGCCCUGGAGUCAUGCCAAGCUUUCAAUGCAACUAGGAGAACAAAUCUUUCCCCUUAGCUCUUACUUAUUUGCCUGGGCAAAUAAGUGGCCCACUAUGGUGCCAAUGGGACUUCCUUUCUACUCUCUGCCACAUUUAAUCUAACUUGCUAGAAUAUAUCACUUAUUCAGCUCAGAGGCACUUCUCUUUUAUUUGGCAAAUACUCCCACACUUAUUGUUGUUCUAUGGGAGUCAAGUGUGAAAUAGGUUAAAAGCUAGCCCCUAUCCCUGCCCCACUAUUGUCUUCCUCUUUAAGGUCUUGUGAUUUGCAGAGUUGGAGUAUCACACGGUUUAGAGGCAGGGCCCUGGGGAAAUCUACUUUAGGAUGUCAACUGACCUGGGAUUUGACCUCCUAACGCCUAUCCUGCUUAGAGUUAUUUAGGCUUUGUAAUAAUUGGAGGAUAAAGAGAUGUUUAGUCAUUCUUGUUUCUACCUCCCAGAUUGGGCCUGUUAUAAACUCAGUCCUAAUAAGCCUUGUCCCUGAGUUUAAGGACUCAUUUCUCCCCAGGGUGAGAUGGGGACAUACUGUCUUCAAGAGGCUUCACCAACAUCUGAGAAGGCCAUUGGCCUUCUAAUUCUAGCAAGGUUGAGUAGAAGAUCCUGCCCCACUGCCUGAUGGAGCUUAGGCCUGUUUCAUAUGGGCUGUAUGGGCUGAGGUACCCCUUAGUUAUUCUUUUAGGUCUCUGGUCCCUUAUGAGAUCUGUCCUUCCCCUUGGCAAUACCCAAAUCCCCUCUAGCUAAAAUAGUAGGAAUAGAGUAUCCUAAAGCCCCACCAGUCCCAUCAAGACUCUACCUAACCAAAGAGUAAAUAUUCACAUUUUGCCUCAGUAUUCUCCCUGCCUGGGCUUUUAGGUCACUUCCUCCAUCAGAGCUACUUGGGCCACAGUUCCUGCUUCACAGCUGUCCAGGCCUUGAUAGGGUAAGCCCUAGAACUUGAGCCAGUAUUCAACUGGGGUAUGUUUGAAAGAAACUGAGAGAAGCCUGUGACCCAAAUAUCACAGUUUACUCAACCCUCUCAGACACCCAAUAGCCCCCUCUUGUCAUCCCCCUCCAAGGUGGUGUCUAGACCUUGUCUCUGACAAACUUCUAACCCAGGUCUUACUGCCAGCUGUGCUAUCCCUUGGAGCUGUAAACUGGAGAUGUGCCAGGGAUUCUGGCCUGGUCUUUCCACACCCCUAUACCUUACUCUCAACCCAGAAGCAGCCUCCUCCUCCUCCUCUGUGACUCAAGUGUCCUCUUUUUCUUUCUACCAGUAUUAUAUAAUCUAGUGUUAUCUAACUCAAUGUCAAUUUUUGCCUUUCUUGAUAAUGCACCAUUAGAAGAUAUUAGUCUUGGGGCAGGAACAUUUUGGGUUCACUCCUUGACUAUCCCCAUACCUAGGAAGCAUAUACUAUAUUACAAAAGAAUAUUAUGCUAGAAAUAUUAAUGUAAAAAGCUUUCCAUGUUAGUAAUGUCAUCUGUCACUACAGGUCAUAUAAUCCAUUAUUAAAGUACUUGGUAUUUGGUUUUAUUGUUCCUGUUUGACUUCUCCUCAAGAGUUUAUAGUCCUCCAGGGGCCAUCCUCUCCCUCCAUUCAAUGCCCCUAGUCCACAGCCUCCCUCAAUCCCCUUCCCUGCCCCACCCCUCUGUGCCUGACCCUGGGGAGUCUUGUGCGCAUUGCUGUGAAUUGUACUGACAUUCACUUGGUGAGAUACCCUUUAUUGACUAAAUUCAAACCUGGAAUUGUGGGCCAAUCUAGCUGCUUUAAGGGCAGUAACCCACCCCCACAGAGGCUGAGGAGAAAGAUUAGAUUUCUGUAUUCAGUUUUUUUUGUGUUGAUUUUGGGGGAUUAGAAAAAUUGUUUCUGGAGGAGUUUAUGCUCAACCCAUGUUCUAUUUCAGUGCCAAUAAAAUUUAGGAAGACUUCA